CCAGAACGUUGUGUUGUUUUUGCGUAAAGUUAUGGCCGGGCUUUUACACAUAAGUAAAUUGUGCAGUAAUAAGAAUACACUUACAUAUACUUAUCACAUUAAAUGCUACAAACAAAUUAGAACACAACUGCACGCUCGUGUGCAAGCCUAAAACAAACUUCCACUCACACUCAACUUAAAGCAUAAUCGGGCUCCAAAACAGCACACACGCAAAUCCAGCGAUAAUAUGGGACGCACUCAACGCCUGCGACGACGUCGCGCGUCAGAAACAACAACAACUCAGACUCACAACAACGAGUUGGAAUCACUGCACGUGCUUUAUGGGUAUUUACACGCUAUGGGCUGGCGCAAUGACACUCAGCUGUCGGCGUUGACUUUCCCACAAACUGGACGUGGACUGUGCUCAAAGAGUCAACGAUUCCAGGCUGGUGAUGAGUUGAUACGUCUGCCUGCCAAUUGCCUUAUAAGCAUAGCUUCAUUGGAGUCGGAUGAGCACUUCAAGGCACUUUUUAACCAAGACUUGUUUGACAAGGAUGCACGUAUUUCGUUUCAAGCUCUCGUUGCCUGCUAUUUAAUGCACCAACAACAUUUGCACGAAACUACACACAGUUCAUCAUAUGCUGCCUAUCUGAAUACUCUGCCUCGCACCUACACGACACCUUAUUUCUGUGCCUUGUCGGAGCUGCAGUGUCUGCCCGAGUCAUUGCUGGAGCGCACAGUGUCACAAAAUCGCCAGAUACGCGAUUACUACCAGAUUCUUAAAUCUCUUGUGGGCACUCAGCGGUGUCAGUGCUGUGGUCAGCAGCUGUGUCAGGACAUUUGGGCAUUGGCGGACUAUAAGCGUGCCUAUUUUGCCGUCAACUCUCGAAGUGUUUACCUCAAUGCACGUCAGCUGAAGCCAACCCGCUGUCAUUUUCAGCAGCUGCUUAGUGGCGAUACAAAUCUGGCAUUGGCACCAUUUUUGGAUCUUUUUAAUCACUCGGACAGCGUACAAACAACAGCAGAGUUGCAGUUAGUGUCCAAAGAAAAGGGACACGAUUAUGUACUUACGCUCAACGCCUUACCGAAAGCUGAGUUGAGACCGUAUGAUCAACUGUUUAUCAGUUACGGCGCUCUACCAAAUUUAAAAUUGCUAACAGAUUAUGGCUUUUAUUUGGAGCGCAAUGCACACGAUUUCUUUGAAAUCUCUCUGCUGGACAUUGAGCAGCUUAUCGUUCAUAAUAAAGCACUUGCUGCACAGAGCUAUCAUCGGAACAUCUUCAAGUUCAUUAGGGAGCACAAUCUGUUUGAUCAAAUGUUUGUUCACAUCGACGACGGCUGCUCUCACAAUCUUCGCGUGGUGCUGCACUUGAUCUUUAAGCAGCAGGCUUACUUUCCCAAUGUGCUCAAUCAAAUUGCCUUUGGUGAUGUUGCCCAGUUCGAUGAUGUGCAGCCAGAGCUAUCCUAUUUGGUGGCACACAAAAUUACCGAUUAUCGAGGCUUUGUUAAGGCAUUGGAUCAGUUACCUCAACUCACAGAAAGUGGAACUGUAACGCGUUCUUAUCUGCUGGAGUGCAUAAGAUACCUUAAUGCAUUUGAAUCAGUUCAUUGUGCUUCUUCAAAAUGAAAUCAAUUUAGCCAUUUGUGUAAUAAAGUACAAAGUUUUUUAUACAUA